GACAAUACAUAAUGACAGAAGCAAACUGGGGAAGAUGAAGAUGGAGUGGUGAAGAACAAAACCGAAUAACCGUUCGGUUCAGAGGUGCCGAACCGAACCGACCCGUAAACCGAAAUCUUCGAAAGAAAUUGCCGAUCGGUUUGCUACUGUUCCAAACCUCGGUGCCGAAAACCGAAACAGUCGGUUUUUUCGGUUCGGUUUUCUCGGUUUAUUCCGAAUGAUAUACCAAUCCUGGUUUAAAUUGAAGGGCUGAAUAAACCAAAUAUUUCAUAGGCCCAUGAAAGCCCAAUAGAAAUUACUGUGACAUGUUUAUGAGAUUUUCGCGUGGCUUAUUGUUGAGUUAUAACGUUUCGGCUUCCCGACCUCAACCGUCUUCUGCUCCUCCGCCCCGCCACAGUUUCUUAGGGUUCUUCCGCAUUGUUUCUCCGAAUUGCAAUCCCCUCAUUCUCCACAAUAAACAGAUAGCUAAUAUAAUUGAGUUUGGAUACUCGCAAGUGAAAAUAUGUCGGUCACAGCGGGAGUGAGUGAAUCUGCAAUUGCUGUAAGGGAGAAACUAAAAGGUGGUAUUGGACAGACUAAAGUGCGAAGGUAUUGGCCAGGAAAAGCUCCGGAGUGGGCUGAGGAAGCUGAAGAAGAUGAUGAUGUUAGGAUGCAGAAGGUUUCUGUUUUGGAUAGAGCUUUUCCAAAGAAUGAUGAUUUGGGUGUUGCUAGGAAGGAUGAUCCAAGGCUGCGCCGUUUAGCUAAGACUAAAGUUGAAAACCGUGACGAAGUUAGAGCUGAUCAUCGGCGGAUAAGACAGGCUGAGAUUAUUUAUACGGAAGAAGAAGAAUCGAGGAAUCAAGAGAAUAGAGACGAGGACGAUGAUGAAGAUGCCUUGGAAGAGAGAAGAAGAAGAAUUAGAGAGAAAAAUCUUAGAAGAGCGCAAGAGGAGGCUGCUUUACUUCCUUUAGAAGAAGAAGAUGAGAUACAAGAGGAAGAAGAGGAGGAGGAGGAGUCUGAGUACGAGACUGAUUCGGAAGAUGAUAUGCCUGGUAUUGCCAUGAUUAAGCCUGUUUUUGUACCGAAAGCUGAGAGAGAUACAAUUGCAGAGCGAGAGAGGCUUGAGGCUGAAGAAGAAGCUCUUGAAGAAUUAGCAAAGAGAAAAUUGGAGCAAAGAAAAUUAGAGACAAAGCAAAUAGUGGUUGAGGAAGUUAGGAAAGAUGAAGAGAUACGGAAGAACAUUCUAUUGGAGGAAGCAAAUAUUGGAGAUGUGGAAACUGAUGAUGAACUCAAUGAAGCUGAGGAGUAUGAAGUUUGGAAGACAAGAGAGAUUGGUAGGAUCAAGAGAGAAAGAGAUGCAAGGGAAGCUAUGCUGAGAGAGAGGGAAGAAAUAGAGAAGUUGAGGAAUAUGACAGAGCAGGAGAGGAGAGAUUGGGAGAGGAAGAAUCCGAAACCUUUGUCAGCUCAACCGAAAAAGAAAUGGAACUUUAUGCAGAAAUAUUACCACAAGGGUGCCUUCUUCCAGGCAGAUCCUGAUGAUGAGGCAGGUUCUGCUGGAACCGAUGGUAUAUUUCAGCGCGACUUCUCUGCUCCAACUGGAGAAGAUAGGUUGGACAAAUCGAUUCUCCCCAAAGUUAUGCAAGUCAAGCACUUUGGUCGUAGUGGAAGAACUAAAUGGACUCACCUUGUCAAUGAGGACACAACAGAUUGGAGUAACCCGUGGACUUCCAAUGAUCCUCUACGUGAAAAAUACAACAAGAAAAUGGCAGGCAUGGAUGCUCCUAUCGCAAAACCAAAAGGGAGCAAGAAGAUGAAAGAUUGGGAGUCUUAAACCGCACCAACAUUUAGUUUGCUUUUUAAAAAAAAUCCAAAACGAUACAGAAGUGUUAUGUGGUAGUAAAAAACAUCGUAACAUCUUACUCAGUUAUGUCUUGAGUCCUCUAAAUCGUAGUAAUUAAAAAUAUUGCUUUGUGGAAGACAUCUAGUCUUUUGUAUCGGGAUCAAUUAUGCAUCAAUCAAAGCUGUCUGCUUGUAUUACGAAAGCAUAGUUAGUUACAUAUUUCCAUGGCAGGAGGUGGUUGAUGGGAUUUUUUUUGGCAGAACUGAUUUGAGUUUCAAUAGACAAUUCUAUGGCUAGAAUCGCUUAUUAUAUAACAUUCUGAAUACAGUGAUGCUUGCCAAU